CGACAAGGGGCGGAGCAAGCAGGCGUCGCCAUUUUCUUGCACUAUGGAGUUCGGCAGAUACGCCAGCGACGGAGGGCUGGCCUAGUCGGUGAUUCUCUAGCCCUCGCAAGAACCGGCGCUUCUCGCUCUGGUCAUGUGCCUGAUCUGUGGUGUGAAGGACAACUCUUCAGUUCCUGUGCUCUGAAGCUGCAACGCUCUAAGGGCAAUUGCUGUGGAAGAUGCCUGCAGGGGUGUACUCUUCAGUGCCGUACUGUGCCAUCUUUGUUCUGCCAGUCCUCCUAAUGGACGUCCCAGCUGUGGAGGGAUAUUUGUGCGCUUACACCAACAGCACCCCCAACACCAGCAUGAUCUUCGAUGACCUCCCAUCCAUGUUUGGCUAUGAGCUUCAAAAGGAUGGAUUGCUGGGAUACUUGGUAUUUGCAAAGCCAGAGAAUGCUUGUGAGCCCAUCGCCCCACCUCCUUCAAACACCACCAUUUUGGAUUUUAUUGUUGUGAUUCGCCGAUAUGGAUGCAGUUUUGAUGUCAAGGUAUUGCAGGCACAACUGGCAGGAUACAAGGCUGCAAUUGUGCACAAUGUGGACUCAGAUGAACUACUCAGCAUGCGCUGGAGCAGUGAGGAAAUCAAACGUCAGAUCACAAUCCCAUCGGUGUUCAUAGGGACUCAUGCCUCUCAGUACCUGAGGUCUUUGUUCACUUAUGACAAGGGUGCAUAUGUUCUAUUGAUGCCGGACUUCAGCUUCCCGCUGGGAUAUUACCUCAUUCCAUUUACUGGUGUGGUUGGAAUUGUGAUUGUCGUCAUGAUCACUGUCAUGAUAGUGAGAUGCGUGCAGUAUCAACGUAGGAUCCGGAGGAACCGUCUCUCUAAGGACCAGCUCAGGAAGAUUCCAGUCCAUAAAUUCAGCAAAGGAGAUGGUUAUGAUGUUUGUGCAAUCUGUCUUGACGAGUACGAAGAGGGUGACAAACUUCGAAUACUGCCUUGCUCGCAUGCUUACCAUUGUAAGUGUGUGGACACAUGGCUGACGCAAACCCGGAAGACAUGCCCAGUGUGCAAGCAACGAGUUCUUCGCUCAGCCAAUGACUCCGAGUCAGAUUCCGAGGGGGAAUUUCAGACAGAGGAGGGGGAGCAGCAGUCGGAGCGGACGCCACUUCUCCAGGCGUCAUCAUCUACCAGCCCGCAGUCCUUCGGUGCCAUGGCUCACUCCCUCGGCCAUCAGGGCACCGACAACAGAUUUGUGUCCGGUUCCAGGGGGACUCACUCUGAGGAAAACCCAGCAGAGGACCACAAACAGGGGGGACAGAGUAAUACUUCAAACAGUACCACACCUGGGUCUGAGUCGAACCUCUAUUCUGGAAAUGUUUUCAACGUAUAAACAGCAGUCUGACUUUAUACUGACCUUUCUUCUGUUAUCCUGCAAUCAUUCACUUCUGACUCAACCUCUGAUGGGACUGUACUUAGAAUUUGUUUCAGACUCCUUUUGAAGAAAUGCAUGUGUGUGUAUAUAGUUGGUUGUGCUGUUGGUGCAUUGGCAGUUGGCAGUGGUCUGGAUUAGUUGUCACCCAACAGCGAUAGUCCCAUCACCCAACUGCUUCUGCAGCUUUACAGAAAUCUCACUCGGUGCCAACAAUACAAAAUGAACCAAAUUUCUGAGAGAAGGAUAUUGAAUGGGGCUGGGGAUUCCUGAUUAGUGUGAAUUUCCUCUUCCCCCAGCACCAUAGCAAACAAGGACCCAGCCCCUUGCUGUCCUAUAGACGACAGCUUAAUGGGUGUAGCCUUUGCACUGUGGGCUGCUGCUAGAGCUCACAGAAAGGGGCUGAAACAAAGGGAACCGCGAGGCUCCAAGUGACUGUGAACUGGAGUCCACAACUGAUCUCUCAAUGCCUACUGAUAUCUCUGCUUAAUAAGCUCCCUCACUUUUAUACUACAUUUUAAAAGCACAUUCACCAAAAUUUCCUUGUUUGUUAUAGGCAACUAAUUGAGAAGGUAGCUGUUAGAAUUGAUGAUAGCAUUAAGUGUGAGUUAUGAAAGGAAAGCUAGAGGUACAGGGGGCAGGAAAACCAGCCUGAGGUGUGGCCUGGUGCUAUCUCUCUUGGCCCAGUUCAGAGUGUCAAUGAGUAAUAACAGUAAUGAGUCAUGGGUGUGUAACAUGAAUCAUCUUGUGUAACAUGGGUGUGUAAUAGCAAUAAGUCCUGGGAGUGUAACUAAUUCCUGUUCUUUCACCCUGGUAUUGAGUCAUGGGUGUGUAACAUGAAUCAUCUUGUGUAAUGUGGGUGUGUAAUAGCAGUAAGUCCUGGGAGUGUAACUAAUUCCUGUUCUUUCACCCUGCUUCAUGAGCACUUGAUGUGCAGAAAUAUAUCAGUGAUUGGAGAAUUUGUCUCAAUUCCUGGCAACCAGCUGCAGGAAGAGCUUGGCUUUAUGCUAGUGCCGGUUCAGGGGCCAUUUGAUUGUAUGUUGUCAAGUCAAGUCGCUUUUUAUUGUCAUUUCGACCAUAAACUGCUGGUACAGUACAUAGUAAAAACAAAACAACGUUCCUCCAGGACCCUGGUGCUACAUGAAACAACACAAAACUACACUAGACUAUGUGAGACAGCACAAGGCUACACGAGACUACGUAAAACAACAUAAAACCUGCCCUAGACUACAGACCUGCACAGGACUACAUAAAGUGCAGAAAACAGUGCAGGGCAGUUAAUAAUUAAUAAUAAAUAAAUAAAUAUUAAACAAGCCAAUAGGCACAGUAGAGGACAAUUUCAGUAUAAUAAUAAAUUAUGUAGAUGUUGAUGCUGAUGGAGAUGGACGAACCUGGCUCUUUGCUCUAGUGUAUCUGUGUUUACACCCGCAACUUCACCUGUACCUGUGUUUGUACCCACACCUACAUCUGUGUUUGUACCUACACCGAUACCUAUACCUGUACCUGUGUUUGCUCAACUGUUGGACUGUACCAUGCCAGAGUACAGGUAGCUGGGGAAUAUCUGCACCCUGGCCCAUGUUACAACACUGUCCUUGUCAGCUACAGCUCUUGUGAGACUGACUGAGCUUCUGAUCAGAACUGAAAUUGCUGCUGCUCCUUUGUGUUUUAUUGUCUGCAAAGGGGCUUCAGAUGGAGGCUUCGCUCAGUCAGACUUAAAUUCUGAAGCCCUUUUUGUUAAUGAGCCUUAAGACAAUAUUGAAUAGCAUCUAUUUAAAAGAUUACUUUUCAAUCUGUCUCUUCAUUUCAUACCUGUUCAAAACACACAAAAUGCAGGAGUAUUGUUUCACUAGAGAUUGUGCUGAGAAAGUAAUGUCUCGCUGAUUGUUCAUCGGCACUCACUCAGUUAUUAUUAUCACUGGUAUUCUGAUUAUCUUUGUUUCUUACCUUGUUGAUCUCAGGUUUGUUCCCUUCCCUUCUACUACCUAAAUUAUAAUACGACAAAAUGUGUUUAAUUCUGAGCGUUUGAUGAACUCAGAUGUUGUCUGGUAAUUUAAACACAGUGAAGCUGGUGGGAUCAGCUGCUGUAAAUCACUCUCCAAUUACCCUCCAUCCAAUUACUGCUGACACACACUGGUCACUGUCACAGUGAAAUCAUGAAUCUUUUUGAUUAGUGAUUUAAACAGAGGAAGUUUAACACAACGGGUUGGCUCUUGUACUGUUUGAGCAUGCAGAAUUUCCAGCCUACCACCUGCCAAAAACUGUUGGCUCAGUCAGAAAACACUAACUUGUCCUUGUUAAUAUGUUGAACUGUAGCAUUAGCUUUGCCCUUUGAGCACUACAAAGCUAGACCUGUCAAAAUCUGAAUGUGAAGGUACGAACAGCCUUGUCCGUCCUGUGAUGCUCACCUUCCAACAAGGUGAUCCACAGCCUCCAAACAGCAGCAAAAAUGGUAACGUUAACUAGCUGCUGAAACAAUCCCAGAGCAUUGUGCAGAGUUACAAAAAGGUCUGAAGGUGGACGCAAAUGGCAAACGUAAAAGGUUCAGAAAGAAUAAAACUGGAAUGUCAUUUUGGAUAAAUAGCUAAACAUUGGGGUGGCAUGGUAGCAUAGUUGUUAGCAUAACACCUUACAGUACCAGUGGCCCGGGUUCACUUCCCACUACUGUCUGUGAGGAAUUUCUAUGGGCUCCUCAUAGGUUUCCUCCUACAGUCUGAAGAUAAACCAGUUAGAGGUUAAUUGUCUUGUAAUUAGGCUAGUGUUAAAUCAGGGGUUUCUGGGUGGUGUUGGCUUGAAGGGUUUGUACCGUGCUGUAUCUGAAAUCAACAAAGUAAGAAUAGCAGCAGUGUAACACACACAAAAAAUGCUGGAGCAACUCAGCAGAUCAGUUCACAUCUAUGGAAAAGAGUAAAUAGGAUCUUAAAUUUCUACCUGAACAUGAACAAAACAAUUCUUGACAAGUUCUGUUCCAAUGGAUAUGUAGAGUACAUACACAUCCUUAAACAAUGCAGUCAGAGUCCUGGUGAAGGGUCUCAGUCUAAAAUGUCAACUGUUUACUCUUUUCCAAAGAUGCUGCCUGGCCUGCUGAGUUCCUUCAGCAUUUUGUGUUGUUGCUUUGGAUUUCCAGCAUCCACAGAUUGUCUCGUGUUAGUGUAAUAGCUAAAGCAGACGCGUGUUGAUAAAAUGUGGUAGAGUUUGACUGUGAUACAUAGAAAGCGUCAUUAUCACCCUUGUACUGUAAUACUGUAUAUAUUCUCUGGGGCAAGGGGUUCAUAUUGAAGAUUGACGCUGCAUGACUCUGCACACUUCUGACUGCAUUGUUUAAGGAUGUGUAUGUACUCUACAUACCCGUUGGAAUAGAAAGAUAAAAACUUGUCGAGAAUUGUUUUGUUAGUGUUCAUAGAAAUUUAGAAAAGGUGAUCUGUUGUAUCUGGGUAACCGAUAUGCCCAGAGCUCACAGAACUGGUUUGCUGAGACAUGGCUGUGUAUUGAAACUGGUUGUCAGGAAAACACACCAUGUCUUGGGGGAAAGGUAAUGUAGCACUCUCUUUUUAGAGUAGGAAUCGCCUACUAAAGAUAACAUCCUCUCCCUCCAAUACUGGCUCUAUCCAUUUCCAAAGAUUUACUGAGAGGCCACUCCUAAAACAGUGAUUGGAUUUCAAUGGUCUUUCUUCAGUUAGAAAAACAAUCAUCUCCAGGGAGACAGUGGGUGAUGGCUUGGGGGUGAAAUACACACAGUGGCCACUUUAUUUGCCUCAUAAAGUGGCCACUGUGUGUAUGCUCAUGGUCUUCUGCUGCUGCAGCCCAUCCACUUCAAGGUUCGAUGUGUUGUUCAUUCAGAGAUGCUCUUCUGCACACCACCUUUGUAACGCGUAGUUAUUUGAGUACUGUCGCCUUCCUGUCAACUUCUCCUCUGACCUCUCCCAUUAAUAAGAUGUUUUCACCUGCAGAACUGCCACUUAGUCUGUUUUUUUUUUUGUUUUUCACACCAUUUUCUGAAAACUCCUGUUGUGUGUGAAAACCCAAGGAGAUCAGCAGUUUCUGAGGUACUCAAAUCACCCUGUCUGGCACCAACAAUCAUUCCACGGUCACAUUUCUUUCCCAUUCUGAUGUUUGGUCUAAACAACUGAAACCUGCCUGCUUUUAUGCAUUGAGUAAUUGGCUGUUUAGAUAUUUGCAUUAACAAACAGAUGUACAGGUGUGUCUCAUGAAGUGGUCACUGAGUGUCAUCUGCCAACACUAGUAACAUUGAACAAGGAUGGAGCCAUACCGUAGGAGUGAGUAGCACUCCCCAUGGGUGCAGAACAUUCAGUUGGACAUUUGCUUUCAUACCUUGUGUGGAUUUACCCCAUUAUAUCUGAACGGAAUGCUGCUGGAAGCUGCACAUUAGGGUAAUGUUGCUGCUGAAGUAGUUCUGAAUUCUAAUGAUCUCUGCUCACUCACUUUCUUAAAUUUAAAUGCAUGCCAUGAAAUGCUUAAUUUCAUUUUCUAUCGUGUAAUUUUUAAGGGAUCUUUAACUUCAAAUAAAAGACUGGAUAAGG